AUGGGGUUUAUGAGAAAAGCUGUCUCCAUGUCUAAAGAUGAGGAGUGGAAGAGAAUGCGAGCCUUGCUGUCUCCCACCUUUACCACUGGAAAACUCAAAGAGAUGUUCCCCAUCAUUGAAGAGUAUGGAGAUAUAUUGGUAAAAUACUUGAGAAGAGAGGCAGAGAAAGGCAAGCCAAUCACCAUGAAAGAAGUGUUUGGGGCCUACAGCAUGGAUGUGAUCACAAGCACGUCAUUUGGUGUGAGCGUUGAUUCCCUCAACAACCCAAAGGACCCUUUUGUGGAAAAGGCCAGGAAGCUGAUAAGAUUUGAUUUUUUUAACCCAUUAUUCAUGUCAGUAGUACUUUUUCCAUUCCUCACCCCAAUAUAUGAGAUGUUAAAUGUCUCCCUGUUUCCAAAGGAUUCGAUAACAUUUUUCAAAAAAUUUGUGGACAGAAUGAAGGAAAAUCGCCUGGAUUCUAACCAGAAGCACCGAGUGGAUUUUCUUCAGCUGAUGAUGAACACUCGUAACAAUUCCAAUGACAAUAAGUCUCAUACAGCUCUGUCUGACAUGGAGAUCAUAGCCCAGUCAAUUAUCUUAAUUUUCGGUGGCUAUGAAACCACCAGCAACACGAUUGCCUUCACCCUGUAUUUACUGGCCACUCACCCUGAUAUCCAGAAGAAACUGCAGGAGGAGAUCGAUGUGGCUCUGCCCAAUAAGGCACCUCCCAACUAUGAUAAAGCGAUGGAAAUGGAGUACCUCGACAUGGUGUUGAAUGAAACUCUCAGAUUAUACCCAAUUGCUAGUAGACUUGAGAGAAUCUGUAAACAAGAUAUUGAAAUGGAUGGUGUGUUUUUUCCCAAAGGGUCCCUAGCAAUAAUACCAAUUUAUGUUCUUCACCAUGACCCACAGUACUGGCCAGAGCCUGAGGAAUUCUGCCCUGAAAG